AUGAUGAAGAAUAUUAUAGAGAUGCUGGCAUACAGAUCCUCUGGGCUUUCUCCCUCCAUCUCGAGGCUAAAAAAUGCUUUGGUAUCUGAGCCUGAUAUGCUUUUUACUAAAGAGGACUUUGAAACCUUGCAAGCCACAUCUCUUGGUGACCUGGCAUUGACAAUGGUAGACAAGAAAGGAACCUACAUCUGGAAAGAUGGGAAUUGGAGAUUGUGA